AUGGCUGGCCAAGAUGAGGGACCCCUCAUGGCUCUGGAGCUCAAGGACGGCUUCGUCUGCCAGGGUCACAGCUUCGGCGCGCCCAAGAGCGUAGCUGGCGAACUCGUCUUUCAGACGGGCAUGGUCGGAUACCCAGAGUCUAUUACGGAUCCCUCGUACCGCGGCCAGAUCCUCGUCGUAACCUAUCCGUUGGUGGGGAACUAUGGCGUACCUUCCCGUAGCGAACAGGACAAGCUCCUGGAAGGCCUUCCAGCACACUUCGAGUCGGCGCAGAUACACAUAGCUGGUCUGGUGGUGGCAUUCUAUGCCGGCGAAGAAUACUCACAUCAUCUAGCCGAGUCGUCCCUCGGCACCUGGCUCAAGGAGCAAGGAAUUCCAGCGCUCUACGGAGUGGACACCAGAGCCUUGACCAAGAGGAUCCGGGACGAGGGCAGCAUGCUUGGCCGGCUCCUCCUUGAGAAGCAGGAGACGCCAGAUGGCGACUCUCUUACCAACGGUCAUGUUGAAGCCAAACAGCAACCGAACGGCGCGCACGCGAGCGACUGGCGGGAUCACUUCGAGCAGAUCCCCUGGGCGGAUCCGAAUACGAAGAACCUGGUUGUGGAAGUUUCGACCCACACACCCAAAAUCUACCCGCCACACCCGUCGACCGCUCUGAAACACCCUUCUGGGCGCCCGGUACGGGUGAUGUGCGUAGAUGUCGGUUUGAAAUACAAUCAACUAAGGUGUCUUGUCAGGCGAGGUGUCGAGGUGGAGGUUGUGCCAUGGAACUACAACUUCCCGGAGCUUGCUGGAAAGGAGUACGAUGGGCUGUUCAUCUCAAACGGACCCGGUGAUCCUGCUAUGAUGGAGGAUACCGUCAAGCACAUCCGGGCUGCGAUGGAGGAAGCGAGAACGCCUAUCUUUGGCAUCUGCUUGGGACAUCAACUGCUCGCCCGAGCAGCGGGUGCUGGCACGAAGAAGAUGAAGUUCGGCAACCGAGGCGCCAAUAUCCCUUGCACAAAUCUACUUUCUGGACGAUGCUACAUCACCUCGCAAAACCACGGUUACGAAGUUGACGCCAAGACUUUACCCACAGGCUGGGAGGAGCUCUUCGUCAAUGCGAACGACGGCAGCAAUGAAGGCAUCAGGCAUAUCAGUCGUCCGUACUUCAGCGUGCAGUUCCACCCAGAACAUGCGCCUGGCCCGCAAGAUACGGAGUUUCUCUUUGAUGUGUUUAUUGACACCAUCGAGAAGUCCAUGACAUCCCCUGAGAUCAUGUCGAGGCCCGUCCAGUUUCCAGGCGGUGACAUCACGGAAAAUAAGAGGCUGCACCCGAAAGUAGAUGUGAAGAAGGUUCUCGUUCUUGGUAGUGGUGGCCUGAGCAUCGGACAAGCUGGCGAAUUCGACUACUCUGGCAGCCAAGCCAUCAAGGCGCUGAAGGAAGAGGGCAUCUACACAAUCCUCAUCAACCCGAACAUUGCCACCAUCCAAACCUCGAAGGGCCUGGCGGACAAGGUCUACUUUCUGCCAGUAACCGCAGAAUUUGUGCGCAAGGUCAUCAAGAACGAGCGCCCAGAUGCAAUCUAUGUAACUUUCGGUGGGCAAACUGCGCUUCAGGUCGGUAUCCAGCUGAAAGACGAGUUCGAGGAGUUGGGCGUCAAAGUGCUCGGCACGCCAAUUGAGACGAUCAUCACCACCGAAGACCGCGAGCUCUUUGCACGAAGCAUGGAUUCGAUUGGUGAGAAAUGCGCCAAGUCGGCAUCGGCCAGCUCUGUCGAAGAAGCUCAGCGGGUCGUAAAGGACAUUGGCUAUCCGGUCAUUGUCCGCGCCGCCUACGCUCUCGGUGGUCUUGGAAGUGGCUUCGCCGACAACGAGAGCCAGCUGCUAGAUCUCUGCAACAAAGCGUUCGCCGCAAGUCCUCAAGUUCUGAUUGAGCGGAGCAUGAAGGGCUGGAAGGAGAUCGAGUAUGAAGUUGUUCGAGAUUGCCGGGACAACUGCAUAACCGUGUGCAACAUGGAGAACUUCGAUCCCUUGGGCAUCCACACUGGCGACUCUAUCGUCGUGGCCCCCUCGCAGACACUCUCUGAUGAGGACUACAACAUGCUAAGGACGACCGCCGUGAACGUUAUCAGGCACUUAGGCGUGGUGGGAGAAUGCAACAUCCAGUAUGCGCUCAAUCCUGACUCUAAGGAGUACUGCAUUAUCGAAGUCAACGCUCGUCUCUCACGUUCAUCGGCUCUUGCUUCGAAGGCCACCGGCUAUCCUCUAGCGUACACGGCGGCCAAGCUUGGUCUGAACAUUCCCUUGAAUGAGAUUUCGAACUCGGUGACGAAGGUCACCUGCGCGUGCUUUGAACCAUCGCUGGACUACGUGGUCGUCAAGAUCCCGCGGUGGGAUCUUAAGAAGUUCACCCGCGUAUCAACUCUGCUCGGCUCCUCCAUGAAGAGCGUGGGCGAAGUGAUGGCCAUUGGUAGAACAUUCGAAGAGGCGAUCCAGAAGGCAAUCCGCGCAAUUGAUCCCACCAACGACGGAUACAAUGAGACAGAAGCCCUCAUGUCAAUUGAUACGGAGCUGCAGACACCAUCUGACCAGCGGCUAUUCGCUCUGGCGAACGCUAUGCACCAGGGUUACACAGUACAGAAGAUCUGGGACAUGACGAAGAUUGACCCCUGGUUUUUGAACAGGCUCAAGGGCCUAUGCGACUUCGGCAAGCUGAUGACCAAAUACAACAAGAACAACGUUUCCCGAGAUCUUCUCAUUAAAGCGAAGCAGCUUGGUUUCUCUGAUCGACAGCUGGCCAAGUUCUGGGCGUCGAACGAACUGGCAGUCAGACAGAAAAGAGUUGAUGCGGGCAUCAUGCCGGUAGUCAAGCAGAUUGACACCGUUGCCGCCGAGUCUCCUGCGUUCACAAACUACCUCUACCUCACAUACAACGGCAGCGAGCACGAUGUCACAUUCAACGACCGCGGAAUCAUGGUUCUCGGCUCUGGAGUGUACCGUAUCGGUUCGUCUGUCGAGUUCGAUUGGUGCUCGGUAAGAGCGGUGCGGACGCUACGCGAGAACGGCUACAAGACAGUCAUGGUCAACUACAACCCUGAGACCGUCAGUACCGACUACGACGAAGCGGACCGACUGUACUUUGAGAACAUCAAUAUGGAAACGGUGCUCGACAUCUACGGCAUGGAGAACUCUAGUGGAGUCAUCCUUUCCAUGGGUGGUCAGACGCCGAACAACAUUGCCCUGCCUUUGCUGCGCCGCGACGUCAAGAUCCUUGGUACAUCACCAGAGAUGAUCGAUACCGCUGAGAACCGUUUCAAGUUUUCUCGCAUGCUGGACCGGAUUUCAGUCGAUCAGCCCGCGUGGAAGGAGCUCACAAGCUUCGAGGAAGCUCAGGAGUUCUGCGCGCGGGUCUCGUAUCCUGUCCUUGUUAGACCCUCCUACGUGCUUUCUGGCGCUGCGAUGAACACGGUCUACUCCCAGCAUGACUUGGAGAACUACUUGAAGCAGGCCGCCGAUGUCUCCAAGGAGCAUCCAGUCGUGAUCACGAAGUACAUCGAAAACGCCAAGGAGAUCGAGAUGGACGCUGUGGCGCUGAACGGUAAGAUGAUAGGCCACUUCAUCUCUGAGCACGUUGAGAAUGCUGGUGUCCACUCUGGCGAUGCGACCUUGAUCCUGCCGCCGCAAGACCUGGAUCCCGAGACGGUUCGCCGGAUAGAAGAUGCCACGCGCAAGAUCGGCAACGCGCUCAAUGUUACCGGGCCAUACAACAUUCAAUUUAUUGCCAAAGACAACGAUAUUAAGGUCAUCGAAUGCAAUGUCCGAGCUUCGCGAUCGUUCCCCUUCGUCUCGAAGGUCAUGGGAGUGGACCUCAUCGAGAUGGCUACCAAGGCCAUGGCGGGAUUGCCAGUGCAGGAGUAUCCGCCAGUCAACAUCCCUAAGGACUACGUAGGGGUGAAGGUACCACAGUUCUCAUUCUCCCGGCUGUCUGGUGCGGAUCCGGUUCUCGGUGUUGAGAUGGCUUCUACCGGUGAAGUCGCCUGCUUUGGCCGAACAAAAUAUGAGGCGUACAUCAAGGCCCUCAUCUCGACUGGAUUCAAGCUGCCGAACAAGAACAUCUUGCUCUCGAUCGGCGCGUACAAGGACAAGAAAGAGAUGCUUCCGUCUAUCAAGCGCCUGCAUGAGCUCGGCUACAACCUCUUUGCGACGGCAGGCACUGCAGACUUCAUUGAAGGAGAAGGUCUGCCAUGCAAGUUCCUCGAGGUGCUUGGUAGCGGCGGUUUCGACGGCGACCAGAAGCCCGAGUACUCGCUGACGCAGCAUCUCUCGAACAAUCUUAUCGACCUGUACAUUAACCUACCCUCAAACAACCGAUUCCGCCGCCCAGCCAACUACAUGAGUCGCGGCUAUCAGACCCGACGAAUGGCGGUCGACUACCAAACGCCUCUCGUCACCAACGUGAAGAACGCCAAGCUCCUCAUCGAAGCCUUAGCGCGCCAGUACGACCUCGAGAUCAGCAGCGUAGACUACCAAACCUUUGCGCCAAUGGCUAACGGCGACCGACGGCCCUCCCAGCUGAACCUCACCCAAGGCGCCCUCUCCCUGCCCCAACUCCUCGCCCACUCCCCCUUCAAAGGCAAGUCCGUCAUCUCCGUCAAGCACAUCUCCCGCAACGACCUGCACCUCCUCUUCACCGUCGCUUCCGAGAUGCGUCUCGGCGUCCAGCGGCAAGGCUGCCUCGACAUCCUCAAGGGCCGCGUUCUGUGCACCGCCUUCUUCGAGCCCUCGACCCGCACCUCGGCCUCCUUCGACGCAGCGAUGAAGCGGCUCGGCGGCCAGACCGUCGUCGUCAACGAGAGCCACUCCAGCAGUCAGAAAGGCGAGUCCCUCGCCGACACGAUCCGCACCCUCAGCUGCUACGGCGACGCCAUCGUGCUGCGCCACCCUGACCCGACGUCUGCGGACACGGCGGUACGGUGCUCAAACGUGCCGGUUAUCAAUGCUGGGAAUGGCAGUAAGGAGCAUCCGACGCAGGCGUUCUUGGACCUGUUUACCAUCCGCGAGGAGCUGGGGACUGUGAACGGCUUGACGAUUACGUUCGUCGGGGACCUAAGGUUUGGAAGGACGGUGCACUCGGUGUGCGAGCUGCUCAAGCACUACGACGUCAGCAUCCAGCUCGUCUCGCCGGAGUCGCUGGCCCUGCCCAGCGGUAUCCGCGACACGCUGGCUUCGCGCGGGCAGCUGAGCAAGGAGAGCUCGGAGCUCAGCCCGGAGAUUGUCGCGAGGAGCGACGUGCUGUACUGCACGCGGGUGCAGAAGGAGCGGUUCGAGAGCAUGGAGUCGUACGAGCUGGUCAAGGAUAGCUUCGUGGUUGACAACAAGGUCAUGAAGCAUGCGAAACAGAACAUGGUGGUCAUGCAUCCGCUGCCGAGGAACAAUGAGAUUCAUGAGGAGGUGGACUUUGAUUCGAGGGCGGCGUAUUUUAGACAGAUGCGGUACGGACUUUACACGCGCAUGGCGCUGUUGGCGCUGAUCAUGGCUUCGUGA